ACAUAAACCGUGCCUGGUACGCGCCGCCAUGUUCGUUUGCUUCAUUAUCAAGAAACGUGGCCUACAUUUUCCUCUAUUCUUAUAAAUACCCACUUCCCUCACAUUCAUUUCAUCACAUUUCCUUGGCCCAUUCUAUUCAUUGCAGAAUUCCCCCAGUCGAGUUCGAUUCGUUAGAAGUUAACCUCGAGGUAUUCUACUCAACAACAAAGGCUUCUAGCAGGAAGAAAGAGAUGAGCCGCCACCACCACCACUACCACGGGCACCAGCAUCAGCACCACCAUGGCCUCCAAGAAGGGGGCUACCCAUAUGCCCCACCGCCACCACCACCAGGAGCUUAUCCUCAACCAGUGGGGACUUAUUACCCUCCUGCAGAGCCGGAAGAGGCGAAGAAGCACAAGCAUCGUGAGCAUAUGGCCGAGAUGGGAGCACUAGCUGCAGGAGCCUUUGCUUUGUAUGAAGGGCAUGAAGCAAAAGUGGAUCCAGAGCACGCAGGGAGGCAUAAAAUGGAGGCAGAAAUAGCUGGGGCGGCGGCCGUUGGAGCAGUGGGGUAUGCUGCGUAUGAACAUCAUGAGAGCAACAAGUCUAAGUCUGACCAUAAACACCAUGAUCAUCACCACCACGGCCACCAUCAUCAUUGAACAUAAUAAAAGUGAAUGCCUGUUGUUGACAAUUUUUUUCAUGUGAUCCACACAGUAUUGUGUGAAAAUAAGAAUUCUAUUUUCAACGUUAUUCUUUAAUAGAAGCUUGGAUUCUUGUGUUAAUCUCCCCUGUUCAAUGGAUCUGGGGUUUGCUUGAACUUUUGUUAUACUAUUGUUAUUUCUGAUUUAGAUUGUAUGAAUAUUUUCAUGAAUAAUUUGGAAACACUCCUUAAUCCAGGAGAUUGAGAA